AUAGGGCACAGGGGCUUCGCUCCACCUGUUAGUUUACAAACUGCUUUUCAUCGUUCAUUCGUAUUAACUCCCCCACAGCCCCACUUGCUCCCAUUUUUUUAAACCAACAUAACUAAUUCAUUCGCGUUGGCAGUCGAAAUUCCAAAUUAAGCGCCUAACCAAUCCGACCGAUGGCCUCUCCAGGUCGGAGUCCCCAGCGAUCCCUGCAAUCAUGGCGCCUCCUCAACGAGGGCCUCAAGUUCUUCGCCACGCGGCUGGCCAGGAAUCAGCAUCACACGAUCCCGCCGAGAGAUGGCCAGAGGCUCAGCUUGGAGGAGCGAUGGGACUGCGCCGACUCGCUGGGCCAGUGCACCGCCGGCAUGCCCUCGCCGAACAGUGUGGAGGUCUUCCAUCAAAUCAACGGCUCGACCAGGAUGUCCCAGAGAUUGGCGGCCGCCCUGGAGCGCACCCAGGAGCUGGAGGAGCGCAACCGCAAGCUAAGAGAUUUGACAGUGGACAAAUCGGAUCUCUUUGAGUCGCGGGGCGUAAUGCUGUGCUCCAGGGUCUUCGACCUGAGUCAGGAGCUGAUCGUGACCCGGAUGCGUAUUAACGACUUCGAGCACGCCUGCACCCAGCUGCGAAGGCGCAUUCUAGAGUUGAAGCUGCGACGUGUCCAGCGCCGACGGCUCCUCUGCCACGAAAUGCAGAUGCUGCGACUGGCGCAGGAGCACCAGGUGCCCCCCAUUCUAAGGCGCCUCUGGCACUGCCUCCGCUCCUUGUGGCACUGCGUGGGGUGCCUGACGCAGGUAUCGGUGUCCCAAGUGGUGCGCCGGCCCCACAAGGCGCAGAGCAUGAUGGACGCCCUCAAUUCGUUCGUGGCGGGCUUUUAGCAUGUCCUGUUUUGACCUUCUAGCGAUUUACUUUUUCUAGUCGUGGCUAUCGAUAGCUGUUGACUAUCGAGUCAGACACUUUCUUAUGUUUUAACGGUUUUCCUGUAGUAUUAUAUUUUAAUGAAAUCUAAUCGAAUCUUUUUAAAUUGUUAAGGAUGGUUAUGUUUCAUCCUAUAUUA